UGUCGAAAAUUUCUGAGUGCUUGAGAGAAUUGAUAAUUGAAGCCAAUAAGCAAACUUUCGAAAAAUGUCCAGAAAAAUUAAAUCAAAAAGCAAACGCAGCCAUUUUGAUUACGUAGCAUUAAUUUCUUGGUUUUAUGACGACACAUGGAAAAUUCUUGAUAAAGAAAUAAUGUAAUAGUUUUCAGGAUUUUUUGUCAACUUUCCUCAUGAUUAUUUUUUUGAUUAAUCUUAUUUAAUCAGAUACCUAUAUGAACUAUGCGAUAGAAAAUGGAGCAUGCUCAGAUACAAACAACUGAUGGAGCUCAAGUUGUGACUUUAAAUGGUCAACAACUACAGGUUUUGCAAAUGAACAAUGGCCCACACAUGGUACAAGGCCCCAAUGGACAACAAAUAGUUGUGCACACAGUACCCUCUACAGCUCCUGCUAUACAGAUUGGAGCGCCACAACUGCAGGUGGUAGCAGCGCCAAAUGGACAACAGAUACAAGGCUUACAAGUAGUGCCAUUAUCUAGUAUUCAAGGUGCUAAUGGCAAUAUACAAGCAAUGCAGCUGGUGCAGACACCAGAUGGACAGACCUUCCUCUACCAGCCCACCACAACCACCCCUCAGCCUCAAAUUGAUCAGCACCAAGUUAUACAUCAACCGGCAGUAAUCAAUUUAAAUGGAAACUUGGUCCAGGUUGCCAACGCAGUUCAACCACAACAAAUAGUUAAUCAACCGAAUAUUGUGAUGAUGGUGAACAACAGCGCGGGCGGCGGCGCGGCGGCGGAAGCGGCGGGCGGCGAGGACGAGGAGCCGCUGCUGUACGUGAACGCGCGCCAGUACAAGCGCAUCCUCAAGCGUCGCGCCGCGCGCGCCAAGCUGCACGAGCAGGGGCGCAUUCCCAAGGAGCGGCCGAAAUACCUCCAUGAGUCGAGGCACAGGCACGCGAUGAACAGGAUACGAGGUGAAGGUGGACGAUUCAACUCUGGCAGCCGGAGAAGUAUGGAGACACAGGCCGGACAAAUGUCACCUGAAGAACAAGGCAAACACAAUAUGGAAGACAUCAAACCUGACACAGUAUCUAUUACUAUUAUUCAGAAUGAAGAAUUACAAGAGAACCAAACUAACCAAUGGAGGAGGCUCGCGCCACAGCCGAUGCAGUCCACGUAGCACAUUGAAGUGGAGUACAUUGACAAUUCCAGCUAGAGACUGCCAGUGCUAGUGUUUAGUGUUAGUGCUAAGUGUUAUUGUGAUGGUGUGAAAGUGUACAUUUGGCGUUAGAACACGUCUAUUAUGUUACUGAGGUAUGAUACUUGAGCUGUAUGUCAUGUUAUGUAUAAAUGCAGUACAUGUUUAUUUUACUUGUGGCUGUGAAUAUGUGUAUUGGCAUUGUCUACUUUUUCCUUUCAAUUUAUUCUAAAUGUUUAGUUUCACAGAUUCUGCAUAUGUUCUGUUUAGCUUAACUGUCAGUUAAAAUGAUGGGUGAUGGAUAAAAAUAUCUUCUAAAAGAGUAGAAUAGGCUAUCAGGGACAGUUUGAGCAACUGUUGACUGUUUUUUUUUUUCUUGUUAUACAGCAUUGCAGUUGUGUGUCGGUCAGUAAUAUAAUAAAUUGAUGUUGGAGGAAAUGAGGCUAGAUUUUAUAUAAAUAUUUUAUAAUUGAAUCAAUUGUGAGAGGUUUUAUUUCUUUUUAAUGUUAUUCCUAAUACAUAAUAUCGAUGCAGGUCAGUUUUAGUUAAGAUACCAUAUGAUAAUAAUUAUGUUUUUAAUUUUCAAUUAACCUUUACAUAUUAUUACAUUUUAAUCAAGGACUUGUUACAAUUUUCUUUACAAAAUUUUGCUUGUUUUUAUCAUUUGAUUGGUUCAAGCUGCUUUUACUUUAAUGUCUGUAUAAUCCUUUAUUUAAAAAAUGUUAAAUUUGUCAUUUGAUGAUUUGGUUAAGAUAUUAUAGGCACAAUGUGGUUGAAAUAUUGAGUGCCAGUGUGCAAUUUGAAUGAGUUUCGGUUAAAUUAUUAAAUGUUUGUAAAUAAUUUUGUAAGUCUAAUAUAUA